AUGGCGUUCGUAUCCUGCUUCAGCGGGCUCUUCAAGCCCGCGCAGACGAGCCUCCCAGACAGCGCGGACCCACGCAUCCUGAAGAGCUUCAAUGCACCAGAGCCUGUUGACCGGAAGGAGCAGAAGGACAUCAUGCGCCUGCUGGAGUCCGGCGACUUGUUCCGCUACAACCGCGAAGAUGCGCAGUCGCCCGUGUCGUUGGUUGAGAAGCAGUUGGCCGAUUACAUGGGCUUCAAGUACUGCGUCGCGCUGAAUUCCUGCGGCUCGGCCCUCUUCCUGGCCCUCAGGGCCGCGGGCGUGACGGAGGGCACGAAGGUACUGGGCAACGCGCUCACCUUCGGCGCGGUCCCGUCGGCCGUCCACCAUGCAGGCGGGGUGUUCUGCUUCGUGGAGAGCACGCGCGACAUUGUCAUCGACGUGAACGACCUGGCACUGAAGGCGGACGAGACUGGCGCCAAGUUUCUCAUGCUCUCGCACAUGCGCGGACGCGUGGCGGAGCUGGACCAGGUGAAAGAAGUUUGUGACAAGCGCGGCAUCACAAUCAUCGAAGACUGUGCGCACUCGUUGGGCGUGUGGUGGGGUAAGACGCACACCGGGCAUCACAGCAAGGUCUGUUGCGUCUCCUCGCAAUCGUACAAGAUCAUCAACUCUGGCGAGGGUGGGUUCGCGCUGACCGACGACGACGACGUUGCGGCCAAGAUCUGCAUCAUGGCCGGGGGCUACGAGGCGAACUUCAAGAAACACAUUUGCGUCCCGGGCCCAGAGGUGUUCGCCAGGCUCGUGCCGCAGAGGUUCCCCAACUACUCCGUGCGCAUGUCCAACCUCAGCGCGUCCGUGCUCCCGGGCCAGCUGCGCACCUCGAGGAGCGCAUCUCUGUGGCGAACGCGAAGUACGAGCUCCUGA